CCGGUUUGAUUCUCAAACGUGUAAGUAGUGUUAUUGCCGAGUCGGUUGUUUCUUUUUAGAAAAUAUCGUGUUAAAUAGAUUAGCUUACAAUGAGAACCAUCAACUCUAACCAGUCGGUGACCGUCCCGAAGGGGGUAUCCCUGAAGGUGAAAAACCGCAUCGUGACGGUGAAGGGACCGCGCGGACAGCUCGUGAAAAACUUCCGCCAUCUAGCGAUCGACGUUUUUAAGGUGCACCGCAAGAAGGUCACGGUGGAGAAGUGGUUCGGUUCGAAGAAGGAGCUGGCGGCCGUCCGUACCGUUUGCUCGCACAUCGAGAACAUGAUUAAAGGUGUCACCAAGGGAUUCCAGUACAAGAUGCGUGCUGUACAUGCUCACUUCCCGAUCAACUGUGUGAUCAGUGAGAACAACUCGUUGGUGGAAAUCCGUAACUUCCUGGGCGAGAAGCACAUCCGUCGCGUGAAGAUGCAGCCGGGCGUGAGCGUGAUCAACUCGACCAAGCAGAAGGACGAGCUGAUCCUGGAGGGUAAUGACAUCGAAGCGGUUUCGCUAUCCGCCGCCCUCAUCCAACAGUCGACGACUGUCCACAACAAGGAUAUCCGUAAGUUCUUGGACGGUCUGUACGUUUCCGAGAAGACCACAGUGGUACAGGACGAGGAAUAAGUUGUAACAUUGUUGUAAGCAUACGGAAUGAAGCAGAAAACAAAGCGUGGUGUGUCCGAUGGAAACUAAA